UACGUACGUAACCACUACCAGUCAUAUCCUCUGUCAUCUAUGAACCGUUCAGUAUAACUAGAUUCGUGGCAGGCGAAAGAAUGGCUGUCACGUAUAUAUUUCUGAUCGUCGUCGCGCUGAUAGUUCUCUAUCUCUACUUAACAAGAAAUUACAAGUACUGGCAGAAACGCGGAAUACCUUGUCCAGAUGGGAUCGUGCCCGGAGUAGGACAUUUCUGGGACUUUUUGUCCCAGAAAAUCAGCUUGUCCGAAUGUUGUCGCAAGCUCUACAACGCCAAUCAAGGUCACAGCAUGGUGGGAAUUUACAACUUCACGUCACCGAUGCUGAUGGUCCGCGAUCCCAAUCUGGUGAAAACGGUGCUGCAGACCAAGUUCACGAGUUUUCACGAGAACGCUCUUAAAAUCGAUCCUGAGUUGGAUCCUCUUCUGGCAAACAAUCCCUUUUUCACCUACGGCGACAAGUGGAUGACCGGAAGAAAACGUUUGACUUACGCGUUUUCGAGCAUGCGACUGAAAAUCCUACUUGAGACCGUCAAACAGGUGUGCGAAAAGUUUGAAAAUUUUCUGGACAGAAAGCUGAACAAAAGCGGAAAGGUGGAGAUGGAGUUGAAAGAUUUGUUUGCCAGAUUCACCGCGCAAGUGGUGUCCAGUGCCGGUUUCGGUGUCGACGGAAUGUGCUUCGACGAUGAAAAGGAGCGCGAGUCUUUCUACGCGAUUGGCAAAUCCUUUCUCGAGCCGUCCGUCAUGAACACUCUUGUCUUCACUUUGACGUUCUUCUUGCCCAUAUUUGGUAAGAUUUUCAAAGUACGGUUUAUACCGAAGAAAACCGAUCGUUUCUUCAGAUCGGUACUCACGGAAGUUAUAGAGCAACGAAGAAUCGACAGUACACCAAGAAAUGAUUUUCUUCAGCUGAUGGUUGAUUUGGAACGAACGGAAAAUCAGAAGUUCGACAUACAGAUUUUAACGUCUCACGCGGUGUCGUUCUUUGUCGACGGCUACGAGACGUCUAGCAACGUUUUGAGCUUCGUCGGCUUUCAAUUGGCCAGUCACCCGAAAGUGCAGAAUAAAUUGCGCGAGGAAGUGGUGUCCGUGCUCGAAAAAUACGACGGAGUGAUCACUUACGAUACUUUAAAAGAGAUGACGUAUAUGGAUCAAGUUAUCAGCGAGUCGCAGAGAACAAUACCCGCACUAGGAUUUAUGACUAAGAUUUGCACGGAAGAAUGCGAACUGAAAGGAUCUGACGGUCUUGUUUGCCGCGUGCAACCCGGAACGGAGAUCCUGAUACCCGUUCAUGGUCUGCAGGAAGAUCCUCGAUACUGGGAAAAUCCUCAAGUGUUCGAUCCCGAGAGAUUCAGCCCGGAAAACAAGCACAACAUCGAGAAAUUUGCUUUUCUUCCUUUUGGUGAAGGACCGCGAAUCUGCGUGGGAAUGAGAAUGGCUCUGUUGCAGAUAAAAGCAUGUUUGGCCACAUUACUGAGAAAAUAUAGUUUAGAACUAUCCCCAAAAACGAGAGUUCCUUUGAAAAUAAGUACAUCGGGUUUCUUGACCGCGGCGGAAGGUGGUCUUUGGGCUUAUAUUCGGCCUCUUGAGGCAUGAGUUCUGUUUCUUUCAAAGUUUUUAUAUUCAUUGUAACUUUAAUGUUUAAAUAAAAAUCUUUUUCUCUCUA